UCUCCUAGAAUCGUCUGCUUCGGUUUGUCGACAAACAAAACAAAACACGGCGAAGUGAGAUGGCUUUCGUUGCUAAAACUUUUAAAAAAAGCGGUUUCGAUGUUUAUCGCAUGCUUCAGCAUGGGAGAUUUUUCAGUAAUUCACCUGCAUUACUCCAAUAUAAAAUUGUAUCCAAUAAAGAACCUGAAAUGGACAUGAAAAGUUUAGUUGAUAGUACUGCUCACCACUUCUUCUUGACAGAAUUGAUUAGAGGUUUGGGUCUUACUCUGGCUCACAUCUUCAAAGAGCCAGCUACUAUCAAUUACCCAUUUGAGAAAGGCCCACUGAGUCCUCGAUUUCGAGGGGAACACGCUCUUCGUAGAUAUCCAUCUGGAGAGGAAAGAUGUAUUGCAUGCAAAUUGUGUGAAGCUAUUUGUCCGGCUCAGGCAAUUACAAUAGAAGCAGAGGAGAGAGAAGAUGGCAGUCGUCGAACAACCCGUUAUGAUAUUGAUAUGACUAAAUGUAUUUAUUGUGGAUUUUGCCAGGAAGCUUGUCCUGUUGAUGCUAUUGUUGAAGGCCCAAAUUUUGAAUAUUCUACAGAAACACAUGAAGAAUUGUUGUAUAAUAAAGAGAAAUUGCUAUUGAAUGGAGACAAGUGGGAACCAGAGAUAGCCGCUAAUAUCGAAGCUGAUUAUUUAUAUCGUUAAAAAUAGUUUUCUGAUGCAAAAUUUUCAUUUAAAUAGCAAAUGUUAAAAGAAGUAAUGAAACUAUGUAAAUAAAUUAUUUCUUAUUCACAAAA